CAUCGCAUUCGCGACUCUCUGCUCUGCAUCUCAUCGAGUUUCCUCGUUCCCGACUGCAUCGUACGACGACUACCACUGUUACCAGGAGACGCGACUGCCCAUCAGACACGACACGGCACGGUUUCGUAGCCGUAUCUGCUCCUUGCUCUUUCGCUCUUCGUCGACGACGUUAGCAGCAAAACAACCACUCGCCUCGUCUUCUUCGCCCUCAACCUCGGUCUGGCUUUGGUCCGCGCUUUGACCUCGUACGAAGAGGCCGAUAUCAAACAUCCGUGCGCCGAAAGGAUCGAUCCGCCCCUGUUCAUCCUCCUCAUUCUCGACACUCUCAUUGAUUGGGUCGCGCCAUGUCGUCGAACAUCUAUCAGCAUCGCACCCUCGUUCCUGCAGCGGCGCCCGUCGCGCCUGCUCCUCAGGCGACAUCUACUGCCAGACUCAACGAUCUCCUCGACUUUGUCAAGCAUGAAUUCGACGUUGUUGCGAGCGAUGCCAAUCAGCUCAAAGGCCAGAGGGACGAGUUUGAGCACAGAAUCGCGCAGCAAGUGAGCGAAGUCCAGAUGAUGCAGCAACACAUCAUGGACCUCGAGUCGAGGCAUUCCAAUAUGGCUCAGCAGUACGACGAGGAGAUGAAGCGUCUGCGAGCCAUCAUCGAGCGUGGAGGUGGGAAUCCGGAUGCUGGAGGACCUCACUCUCCCCGCCUUCAGCAGCAGCAGCAACAACAACAGCAGCAGCAGCAGCAGCAACAGCCCCCUCCAUCCAUCGCCGCCGCAUCCGCUAGCGGUCCUGGUGGUCCCAAGGGCGGGCCAUCCGGUCCUCCAGCCCCCUUUGGAGCUCCACCUGGGUCGGACGGCUACCAGAAUGGCGGCUAUGAUCGUGAUAGAAAUGGCGGGGGUCAAGGAUCGGCAGAGAAGCGUAUGCGCGUCGACGGUCCUCCUGGGUCGCAGGGUCCUCCCCCUCAUCCGGGUUACGGCGGCCAAGGAGGACCGCCAAGUCCCGGCAGGGAGCCAUCUGCGCCUGUCAAAGGGGAGCGCGAGUCGGCUGCUCCUCCUCGUCGUGCACCUGGAGCUCAUGAGUCAUCGCCCGGACCUGGCGCUGGCGGGUCGGGAGCUGGCGGUGCUGCGGGUAACAAUGCGUUGGCUAGCUGGAGCGACUUGGACCCUGAUGAGGUGCCAAAGGACCUCAAGAAGGAGGGCAGUGAUUGGCUCGCCAUCUUCAACCCCAAAGUCAAGCGCACCCUCGACGUCAACCUGGUCCACACUCUCAUGCACGAGUCAGUGGUCUGCUGCGUCCGCUUCUCGCCCGACGGCAAAUACCUGGCUACUGGGUGCAACCGCUCAGCUCAGAUCUAUGACACGAAGACGGGCGCAAAGGUCUGCAUCCUGAUCGACCAAGCCGCAGCAAACAAGGGAGACCUCUACAUUCGCUCCGUCUGUUUCUCUCCCGACGGAAAGUACCUCGCAACUGGCGCAGAGGACCGCAGGGUCAGGGUUUGGGACAUUGCCAAGAAGCGCGUCAAGACGGUCUUCUCUGGCCACAAGCAGGAGAUCUACAGUUUGGACUGGUCACGCGACGGCCGUAUCAUCGCCUCUGGCUCGGGAGACAAGACGGUCCGCAUCUGGGACGUGGACUCUGGCUCCCUGCUUCACACGCUCUACACCUCUCCUGGCCUCGAGCAGGGCCCCUCAGAGGCUGGCGUCACUUCCGUCUCCAUCUCCUCGGACAACCGCCUCGUCGCUGCUGGCGCGCUCGACGCCCUCGUCCGCGUAUGGGACACCAAGACCGGCCAGCAGCUGGAGCGCCUCAAGUCACACCGCGACUCCAUCUACUCGGUCAGCUUCACGCCCGACGGCCGCAACCUCGUCUCCGGCUCACUGGACCGCACUUUGAAGAUGUGGGACCUCUCUGCCACACACCGUGCGCUUGACCAGAACUUGCCCGAGGAGGAGCGAGCAGGCAAAGCCGUCUGCUACACUACGUCCUCGGGUCACAAGGACUAUGUCCUUUCGGUGUCUUGCUCGCCGGACUCACAAUGGAUUGCUAGCGGGUCCAAGGACACGAGGAUCCAAUUCUGGGAUCCGAGGACUGGUCAGACGCAGCUGAUCUUGAUGGGUCACAAGAAUUCGGUCAUUGCCAUCUCGCUCAGCCCUGCGGGUGGUCUGUUGGCGAGUGGGAGCGGUGACUUCAAUGCCAGGAUCUGGUCGUAUGACCGCAUUGCUGCGUAGGUCUGCAAAGGACGUCGGGAAGAGGCAGGUGGGAAUGAUAGAGAUCAAAGAGGCGAAGGGAGGGAUGAGCUAGGGAGGAGAGGGCAGUGGAGGGAAUCAACGGGGCAGCAGGCUCGACGGAGGAGCAGGGGGAGGAAGUACUUUGCUGUGAUUUGAUCAUCACCAACUCGAUCCCUCAUCUGUUCACCACCAACGCCACCUCUGCGAGACGAGACGAGGGGAGGCGAGCUCAUGUAGUCUAUCAUCUUGAUCCGCGUCCAAGUCAAAAAGAUCGAAUGCGUCAUCGUUCAGCACAGCGGCAUGUGCGUGUCUAGAGCUUGUCAUUUUGGCCAAUCUUGGUAAAGGAGAACGAGGGUGGC